AGAAGCCAAACAUACACAAACAUGGCGAUAACCGAGGCAGAGCAGAUGCUGUCCUCUCCCUUAUUAUGCCUCCUGCUCCUGGCGCUUCCAGGACUCUCCUCAUCGACCCUCCAUCUUCCCCCGGAGCAGCGCCACUCGCGCCCCCAGAACACAGGCUUUUUCACCCUGCGAGCGGAGGAGCGCUUCAUCGCGGGGGAUAGCGGCGCGGCGGCUCCGGCCGCCCACCGGGAGCACCGCAGCCCACGGAGCGCUGCCCAGGCGGCCAUGCCGAAGGUGUACGGACAGGCCAACCUGAACGACUCUCAUAACCAGAUGGUGGUUCACUGGGCUGGAGAGAAGAGCAAUGUCAUCGUAGCCUUGGCUCGAGACAGCGCAGCAGCGACUGGACCCAAAACCAGUUCUGUCUACGUGUCGUAUGAUUACGGAAGGACGUUCGCCAUGAUGUCAGCCAAGUUCAGGCUCUCAGAAGCAAAGAGCAACAACGGCAGCAAGCAGGUCAUCUCCCAGUUCUACCACAGCCCUGCGGACAACCGGAGGGUGAGUCUGGGUGUGGAACCGUACGACCCCCCCACCACGGUGCUGGUCCAGAGGCACGAGCCGCAGGGCGUCUCCACCGUCCUGAGCAGCACCGACUUCUUCCAGAGCGAGCAGAACCGGAAAGUGAUUCUGGAGCAGGUGGACAGCUUCCAGCUCCGAGACAAGUACAUGUUUGCUACAACCACCAGGUCAUCCUCAUUUAGGCUGCAGAUCGUCUGCAAAGAUGGUACAGGUCGCAUUGGAGAUACAGGUCGCAUUGGAGGUACAGGUCGCAUUGGAGGUACAGGUCGCAUUGGAGAUACAGGUCGCAUUGGAGGUACAGGUCGCAUUGGAGAUACAGGUCGCAUUGGAGAUACAGGUCGCAUUGGAGGUACAGGUCGCAUUGGAGGUACAGGUCGCAUUGGAGAUACAGGUCGCAUUGGAGGUACAGGUCGCAUUGGAGAUACAGGUCGCAUUGGAGAUACAGGUCGCAUUGGAGGUACAGGUCGCAUUGGAGGUACAGGUCGCAUUGGAG